GCAUACAGCGUUAGGAAUAUUUGGUUCGCAUUUAUUGCAUGCAUGGCCAUCUUCCAUAGAAGACAUUGUUCCUAGUCUGUUAGAUAAUACAAAGACAGACACGCGCUAUGUUGCUAAUGAUGCUAACGAAAGUGGUACCUGGUGGAAGGCAGCAAAUAUUGGUAUGGGAGCUAUGGUAUGAUUUAAACAUAAUUUUCAAUGAUGCACCAAGAUAGAAUGGGUGUUCUUACCGUACCUACAAUUUCAACAGUUGCACGAGGUCGGUCACGCUUUCACUCUGAACCAUUCUCCAAGCGGAAUUAUGAGCCGUGGAUACAAUAACUGGAAUCGUACAUUUUUAGCCAAAGAACCAGGACGUGGUCCUAUAACGCCACAAGAGGAAGAGGGUUCUCAAUGGCAUAGAGUUGAUAUCCUGAGACUUAGAUUCCAUCCUGCUUUUAGAAUUCCAGAAGAUGGUCCCAUUGGCGUAAAAGAUCUCUCAAAGCCAAGUUUCACUGCAUUGGAAAACAACCACUUACAGAUUUCGUCUCCUGCCGGUCUUACCCUCAUUGAGAUAUUGGUCAACGGAAGAUACCGCACUCAUUACGAAUUUGUACAAGAGCAACCUAAAUCAAUCACGUUGAGUUUGAGUGAUAUAUGCCAAAAAUGCAGUUGUGACCUUAAUAGAGAACAAGUGUCACUUGCUGCUGUCUGUGCCAAUCAGGAACACAAACAGCUUGACCAUCUUUCAAACUUUUUAAGCUCACAUCGGGUCACUAACCUACAAGGACUGAACGGAAUUAUUCUGAAGAGUGACAUUUAUGGAGCUUCCAGUGAGGAAGGUAAAGAUAAAUCAUUCGCUAUCUUCUUUGACAAUAAUCAACAACGCAAGCAAUUGAGACGAAUAAAAGUCAAUCAUGGUGCAUUCUUGGAUGGUUUCACUCUUAUAUACAAAGAUGGCAGCCAAAGCCAAGUGGGUAAGACAGAUGGAGGAUGCAGCGAAUUUGAUAUCAGUCCGGGCGAACAGAUUCAAGGUUUCUAUGUCAGUAAUGGCGCAUGGAUUGAUGGUAUACAAUUCAAAUUGAGUAGUGGUAGAGUUAGCCCGUGGUUUGGUGGAAAAGGUGGUGGGAUCAGUCAUGUUGAACCACCGGAAGGUUACGAGAUUGUUGGUGUGUUUGCUUCAGCGGCAAGAUGGAUGGAACAAUUUGGUAUUUUUUACCGUCGUUGUUAAAAUGCAGAAUGUGGAGAAAAUCAAAGAAAUUCUCCAAAAAAGAAAAUAAUUGAAUCCCAGCAUUGAAUAAAAAAGAAAAUCAAUUUCGUUCGAUUUCCCUUUUCUGCUUUUUA